UCUGUGCACUUGUGAAUUCCUUUUCCACUUGAUUUAUAGUGCAAACUGUGUGAUUAGUGCAGGGUAGAUGUUAUGGGGCCCAUUUUAUAGAUAAGCAAACUUCCUUAAUCACCUGACCUUUACUGUUACAGGGAAGAGGCUGAUGAGCUGCGUCAAGCUCUGAAGAAGCUCACAGCAGACAUGACCGAAGAGGAAAAAGAGAAGAUCCAGAAAGACCUGCAGGAGGUGAAGAGGUUUUGGGACGAGUUUCCGCAGGUGAAAACGGAGGUUGAGCAGCACAUAAGAAAGCUCUGUGACCUUGCAGAAGAGGUUGACAGGGUGCACAGGGGCUGCACCAUCUCCAACGUGGUGGCCAGCUCCACAGGUGCUGCCUCUGGACUCAUGACCAUCCUUGGCUUCGCCCUGGCACUCGUGACAGCAGGGACAAGUCUGGUGCUGUCAGCAGGUGGAAUGGCGCUGGGAGCAGUGUCUACUGCAACCGGUAUUACCAGUACCAUAGUGGAGGAAGCAAACAGAUCGUCAGUCCAUGAUGAAGCCCACCGCCUGUUGUCAGUCAGCAUAGACAUAUUGAACAAGUUCAAAAGAAUUAUGCUUAAGUGUGUACCUAAAGUUCUAUUUGGACUUGUAGAUUUGAAAACAUCUCUGAAAGGCCUUGGGCGUAAUGUCUGUGCCAUCAAAGAAGCCAGACUGAAUCCUCAAUUACUACGUGAAGCCAGGAGCCUCAUGACCACUGGGAGAACCUCAGCUCAAAGUGCCGAGCGGGUGCAGAGAGCCUUACGAGGCACGGCACUGACAAUGACCAGAGGAGCCCGGAUCAGGGGUGGAAUCUUUGCAGGAAUCACCCUUGGGAUGGAUGUGUACAGUCUUGUGCAGGAUUCAAAGCACUUGUCUGAGGGUGCAGAAGCAGAGUUGGCUAAAGAGCUGCGGCAGGUGGCUCAGGAACUGGAGAAGAAGUUGAAGGAGCUUGUCCAGAUCCAGGACACUUUGCAGUCUGAUCCUACACAGUUACAGCUUCCUUCUCUGUAGCUGUGUGCAAUUCAGAGGAGAUGUGCUGCCCAGGGUGUCCACUCAUGGAGGCAUUUUAUUUGAGGGGACAGAGGGUGAAUCAAGUCUAUGAAACUGAAUGCGAAGGAGUUUGACAUUUUUGUGGCUGAGCUCAGCAGGGGUAAAACG